AUGACGGAGGAUUGCAUUGGGGCAAUUGAUGGUACACAUGUCACUACAAAGGUACCGAGAUCAAUGUCUGAAGCAUUCUGCGGGAGGAAGCACUACACCAGCCAGAACGUGCUAGCAGCUGUGGAUUUCUAUAUGAGAUUCACCUACCUGCUUGCUGGGUGGGCGGGUUCAGCUCAUGAUGCGAGCAUCCUGGCCGAUAGCUUGUCAAGGCCCGAUGGCUUGCAAAUCCCUUGGGGAGUUCCUCUGCGAGCUCGCGGCCGUCCGGGAAACUCGAGUCCGUCCCCGUCCGUCGAGGCGCCGCCGUCCCUGUCCUCCUCCAGCUCGGGCUGUCCCCAUCCUCCUCAAGAUCGCCGCCAUCCCAGGAGGUCCACGCCGAGCUCGCGCCCGUCCUCGUCCCGGAAGCUGGUCCCCGUCCCGCCGCCGGCGCCCGCCCUCGCCGCCGGCGCCCGCCCCCGCAGCCGGCGCCCGCCCUCGCCGCCGGCGCCCGCCCCCGCAGCCGGCGCCAGCCCCGCCGCCGGCGCCCGCCCCCGCCGCCGGCGCCCGCCCUCGCAUGCUGCUCCGAUCUCCGACACCUGCUGCAGCACCCUCCGAUCCCCUGUCUUUUUUUUAUUGUCAUGCGAUGUACAUGUUUAUGGCAAAUCUGUGAGCUGA